CUCCUUCUUCUUCCUCCUCCUCCUCGCAGCUAAUUUCCAUUGAUUAAUUUGUAUGGAGAUCUUCAAUCUCUCUCUCUAGCUAACAGAAGAAUGAAGCACCUGCAAUCCACAGACUCCAUGACCAAUAGAAACAAUAUCCCACUAUCCUUUCAAAAGUCCCCAACAAUUAUAAUCCUAACCGCUUUGACCCUAAUCCUCCUCACUCUAGCCCCACUCUACUACCCUCUCAUAGGUUACACCAUAAGGGCCGCCGUUUCCGUCGACCGCCUUCCCAACUCCCACUCCGCCGCCGGCUCAUCCGCCGACGACAUCGUUAUUCCCACCGACGACAAAUGCGACAUUUUUUCCGGCGAGUGGGUCCCUGACCCAAAGGCACCCUACUACACCAAUCAUACAUGUUGGGCCAUCCACGAACACCAGAACUGUAUGAAAUACGGGCGACCCGAUACCGGAUUCACCAAGUGGAAGUGGAGGCCGGACGGGUGCGAUUUGCCUGUGUUCAACCCGUUUCAGUUUCUGGAGAUAGUGAGGGGGAAAUCAUUGGCGUUUAUUGGUGAUUCUGUUGGUAGAAAUCAAAUGCAGUCUUUGAUAUGUCUCUUGUCCAGGGCAGAAUAUCCAAUCGAUGUGUCAUACACAUCAGACGAACACUUUAAACGAUGGCAAUACACUUCAUACAACUUCACCCUGGCCUAUUUCUGGACACCCUUUUUGGUCAAUUCUCGAACCACCAACACGGGUUUAUUCAACUUAUACCUAGACGAACCCGAUGAUCAAUGGGUCCCAUACGCUUCCGAAUUCGACUACCUAAUCCUAUCUUCCGGGCAUUGGUUCUACCGUCCAGCGAUGUACUACGUUAAACGACGUCUCGUCGGAUGUCGGUUUUGCCAAGUGGACAACAUAACCGACCUCCCCAUGUACUACGGUUAUAGGCGAGCUUUUCGAACAGCUUUUAGGGCUAUCAAUAAAUUGGAUGAUUUUAAAGGAUUGGUAAUAUUGAGAACGUUUGCCCCUUCGCAUUUCGAAGGAGGGGAGUGGAACAUGGGAGGGGAUUGUGUGAGGACGAAGCCAUUGAAUGGCGGUAAGGUGGAGCUUGAGGGGCCGGGAUUGGAGCUAUAUAUGACGCAAAUGGAAGAGUUUAGGGCGGCUGAGAGAGACGGGAAGAAGAAAGGGUUGAAGUAUCGAGUUCUUGAUAUAACGGGUGCGAGUUUAUUGAGGCCGGAUGGGCAUCCGAGUAAGUAUGGACAUUUGGCUAGUGAAAAUGUGACAAUGUAUAAUGAUUGUGUUCAUUGGUGUUUGCCCGGUCCGAUUGAUACUUGGAGUGAUUUCUUGCUUGAGAUGCUUAAAAGAGAAGGAAAAAGAUCCAAUGAGGAGAAGAAAAAGAUGCUUCUUUUUCAAGAGAAGAAGAUGAAAUUCAUGUGAUUGAUUCAUUCAUUACAUUAUAAUUUCAAUUUUUGCUCAUUUAUUUAUUUAUUGCAUGUUCAAAAAUCUUUUCUUUUUUAUAUAUAAAUAAUUUUAUUGCAAUUGUGUAUGUAUGUAUGUAUAAGCUUAAUUGUUUGGUUAUAAAUAAUGAAAGCCCAUCUUUUUACACAA